CAACGGCGGCCGCGGGGCAGGGCGGGAAGGAGCGGUGCAUUGUGGGCCGUGGCGGCGCGGGAGGCCCAAUAUGGCGGAGAGACCGGAGGACCUGAACCUGCCCAACGCCGUCAUCACCCGCAUCAUCAAGGAGGCGCUGCCCGACGGGGUGAACAUCUCCAAAGAAGCCCGCAGUGCGAUAUCCCGAGCAGCGAGUGUGUUCGUGCUCUAUGCGACCUCAUGUGCGAAUAACUUUGCCAUGAAGGGGAAGAGGAAGACGCUGAAUGCUGGCGAUGUGCUCUCUGCCAUGGAGGAAAUGGAGUUCCAGCGGUUUAUUGCUCCUCUGAAGGAAUCCCUGGAAGUUUACAGACGUGAACAGAAGGGAAAGAAAGAAGCGAGAAAAGAUAAAGACAAGAAGGCAGACUCAGAGGAACAAGAUAAGAGCCGAGAAGAUGAUAAUGAUGAUGAUGAUGAAAGGAUGGAGGAAGAAGAGCAAAAUGAUGAGGAAGAGGUGGACAACUGAGCUUGCCAAUGGGACAUUCAGGGUUGGGUUUUGUUACUAGGGAUAUAAAUGUUGUAAAGAAAUCUGGCCAUGUCCCGUCUGGUUUCCAGUAGAGCUCUGUACUGUUCUUCUGGAAUCUCUCUUUGGCUUUAGCCUGUACACAAAGGACUUGGCUAAAGCAUUUCUCAUGGGUGCCUCACCUCCCUGCACGCAGGGGACUUGGCAGCUUCCCCAGGUGCUGAACAGACAGUAAUGGGUCUGGUAUUUUUAUGCUGGAUUGACUCUGAAACAAAGGGAAAAAAGAGCAAUGUCGGAUGGCUCAGCACUGAAGUGACCUGGAGAACCUGAAAGAGCUUAUGAAUAAGCUCACUCAACCAAGCGGAGAGCUGAAUCCUGGCUCAUUAACCCCUCAGGGUUUAGAGUCUACGUGAUGAUGUUGAGAGCCUUAGAAGCUGACUGUUCAAGCUCUAAGUGAUGUUUUUCCCUUCGUUGUCUUGCAUUCUGGCUGUGCCUUCUCUCCCCUGCUCUUUCACAGUGAUGCUCUUUCAGCCUCACCAGCUGGAUGCAGCACACAGUACGAGGGUCAGUGAGCUGAAUUCCUCCCCUCCAUGAACCAGAAUAAUAACAAAAAAAGACUUGAAGGUGCUUCCAAAGUGAAUCUAUACCAGAAAUGCUGUUUUGUGUCUUUCAAGCCCUUGGAGACAAAGAGGGAACUUUGAUGAACGACCUUAAGCAAAGCUACCUGCAAAAUUAUGUCCGAGGAACAGCAAAAGGCUGCAGCAAGUGUGUGUUGUGCUGCAGCUGAUGGUCUCAGCUCCUUCCCCUCCUCUGUGGAGCUGCAGCUCCUGCAGACAGGCUGCUGGGUGCUGCUGGGUGCUGCAUUACUGGUUUCCUUCUAUGUCUGGGGGCUUUAUUCCAUGUUAUUGAGCUUUCUGGUACCUGUUGGGGUGUAUCCCGUCCCGGACCAGGAUUUAAAUAAAAGUUCAGAUUCUUUACGG